CUAAGAAGCUUUCGCGCGAAGGAUCUAAGGAAAAGUCUGCAGAUACGGAGGACAAGGUAACGCAGGGAGAUAGCAACAGGAUAUGAGCGGGACUGCCGUACACACGACGGAUAGGUACUCAUUGCAAGUGGUAGGGAGACUGGACGGACCGUUGGUGUUAGUGAUCGUAGAGCUCCAGCUCCAUACCAGAUUGUGCAUAGUUGAGGAGGCAGAGUGUGUUCGCCGUGCACUGCGAGAGGGUAGGGAAACAGGACUUUGGAUUGGAGUGGAAGGAGGACGAAGGAUAAAAUACGUACUUCAAGUGACACCUUUCGAAGAGCGGCAUCGGAUAAGGGCGUGGUACGAGACGAUUAGAGAGGCUGAGAGGUUGAAGAUAAGCGAAGCUAGGAGAGCUAGGGAGCUAGGGAGAGUUAUAAUAGACGGAGCAAUACUCAGGGUGCUGGCUGCUCACGACCGAUACUGCAAGGAAUCGAUAAAGACUUUAGAGGCCAUAGAGGAUAGCGGAGAUGAGGAAGAGUUUGAGGCGUUCUAUGAUCUAUUGGAGGUCUAUGGUAUCACAGAAUAUCUGGAGAAGUGGGAGCUUCAUGCCAGCCGGAGUCACUGGUCAGAGGAAGAGAUUAUAGAAAACUUCGUAUUUAAUGUAGAUCCAAGUCUCGGCAAGGAAGUUAAGGAAGCCCGACCGAAGGAUGGGAAAUGGACUACGUAUAAGAAGAACCUCAUUGAGCUUUACAAAUUAGAGGAUAACAAGUACUCCAUCAAGGACCUUGAGACUAUGACCCAAGAUGAAGAUGAAAGCGUACGGGCAUUUGAGAAACGUUUCCAGAAGAUCUCCGACGUGCUGAUGAAGAAGGGGAAGAUCUCAGAAGUUGAGCGCUGUACAAUCUUCAUUGGACAUUUGUCCAAAGGUAGACAAAAGAGCAUACUUAGAGAUCUCCCGCGCGACAAGCUGGACUUCCUAGAGGUCCUAAAGCUCGCGAUAAAGGCAGAGGCAGACGACUACAAGGAUCUGGUAUGGAGAGGAAUGAGGAGGCGUGAUUUCCCUCUUUAUAAGGAGUAUGCCACUGAUAGGUGUCCUGAUUUCAAGGACUAUCCCUGGUCGGAAAAGAAAGAAGCCGUGGCCGAGGAAGUGAAGGAGAUCAGGGAUAUGGUGAAGGGACUGACAAGACAGGUUAUAGAGAUUGUGACCACCACAGGAGCCACGGCUUACCGGGACAAACCCGGAGGGCCCUAUUCACUUCGCUGGGACCGUAGGAAUACCGAUUCCUGGAAAAGUGUUGAUGAUAGAAAUCCCCGAACGCUAACCGAUUAUCGUGUGAGAGAAAGGGAGAGAGACGAUGAGCCAUGGCGACGUAGGGAUGAUGAGAUAGACCGGGACCGCAGGGCUCGCGAGACGUAUGGACAAGCUAGGAGGCUGGAUGAUUACUCACGUAGCCCCUGCUAUGAGGCAAAUGGGGGUAGAGGUGACUCUCGAGAUCACAUGGCGACGGUUCUUCUUGAUGGGAUGGAAGGUAUGCCUCCAGACAAGUUUUACAUACUUGGCAGUGGGACCGUGGAGGCGAUCAUAGACGACGAAGCGGUACUAGAUGCUGUGAUCGAUAACGGUAGUGAGGCUGUCAUUAUAGACGAGGAUCUGGCGGAGCGAGUCGGACUGAGACUCGAUAGGUCAUACUUAUUCGAGAUAGAGACGGCUGAUGGGAGAAAACAAUAGAUCACAGGAGUUUGUCAUAAGGUAGUCAUAGAGGUCCAAGGGGUACGAGUGACCCUGCCGGUCUUUGCAGUCAAGAACUGCAGCUUUGACCUGC